AUGCUCUUCAUGGCAUACAAGUUUGCUGAGCAAUUUACUCCAGUAGCCGGCGUUAAUGCAGAAGCAUGUGAAGCUAGCGGCAAGCAGAUCUGUGACUGCCUGCAACUCAAAGUGCUGAAGCCACUCAUCGAUCGUCAGACACUCGUCGAACAUGAGUUUGGAGUGUACGCUGAGCAUAUCUGCAACAUCAAGUCCUGUUUGGAGAACGGUAAGCGCCCUAUGUACAACUUUCAGCAGAUCGUGAAAGAGCAACAGAAGCGACAAGACAGUCUCUGGAACCGGCUUCUGCCCGACUCUGUGGACAGGCUAAUCACCCUUUUCACAGAUAGCUGUAACGAGAUGACGGCAGCAUACACACUCACAGUCAACGACAUCCUGAAGAAGCACUUUCGCCGCUCAUCACCCAGCUCCGAAUUUCCAGCACUCAAGAUGCGACUAGACCUUAAUUGGAGGCUGGAGAACUUCAAGGACUUCAUCGCUGAGAACCAUGUCCAAGAGAUCCAAAUACUGGUACUCCAGCAUGAGCUGUUAAAGCUCGAAGUUCAAGUAUUAGAAGCGUGUAUCGACGAUGUUGCAUGGGUCUUGACUGGGUGCGAUGAGGACGCAGAGGAUUGUUUGGAGUGCAUGAUGGUGAAGCGGCUUAUCCAACCCACAGAGAACUCUGGCACAGCCAUCCGAGAAGCGUUCGUCUUCCAAGGUCAUUCACACCGGCCACCGGCAGAGAUCAUAAAGAUGUUGGAAGAGGAUUACUAUGAUAUGAUGGGUGACGAAGACUUCGACGAUAUGACGGAUACGGACGACUGAUUAGCAG